UGGAGGAGCGCCGCCCGCCCGGCUCCUGCCAGGGAAUCAAUAGUUUCCUGGAUAAGCCAGAGAGUCACCUGAGACACAAAGAUGUUGGAAGAAGAUAUGGAGGUGGCCAUCAAGGUGGUAGUAGUAGGAAAUGGCGCUGUUGGAAAGUCCAGUAUGAUUCAGCGGUAUUGCAAGGGGAUUUUUACAAAAGACUACAAGAAAACUAUUGGUGUAGAUUUUCUGGAAAGACAAAUCCAAGUUAAUGAUGAAGACGUCAGGCUAAUGUUAUGGGACACUGCGGGUCAAGAAGAAUUUGAUGCAAUAACUAAGGCCUACUAUAGAGGAGCCCAGGCUUGUGUUCUUGUGUUUUCUACAACUGACAGAGAGUCCUUUAAAGCAAUACCUACCUGGAAGGAGAAGGUCAUGACCGAAGUUGGAGACAUUCCCACAGUUCUUGUGCAGAAUAAGAUUGAUCUUCUUGAUGACUCUUGUAUAAAGAAUGAAGAGGCAGAAGCACUGGCAAAAAAGCUAAAAUUGAGGUUCUACCGAGCAUCUGUGAAGGAAGACCUAAAUGUAACUGAAGUUUUUAAGUAUUUGGCUGAUAAAUAUCUUCAAAGGCUCAAGCAACAAACAGCUGAAGAUCCAGAACUAGUACAUACAAGCAGUAACAAGAUUGGUGUUUUUAAUACAGCUGGUGGAAGUCACUCCAACCAAAAUUCUAGUACUCUUAAUGGUGGAGAUGUCAUCAACCUUAGACCAAACAAACAGAGGACCAAGAAAAACAGAAGUCCUUUUAGCAACUGCAGCAUACCUUAGACCACUUUUGGAGGAAAAAAAACCCAAAACAACCCAGUGAAUUGGAUGAAGUUUUGCAAUUGCGUACAGAAUAAAGCCAGCUGUAGAGGUAUUUUUACCAGUGCUUUAGCAAAUCUUGUGCCUAUGGGAUCCUUGAUAGAGGGUGGAUUUAUAUAAACUUGCUGAUGCAGUGUUUCUUGGUGUGUAGAGUGAGACACCUGGUGGCAAAACACAGAACCGUGGCUGCCCCGUGCACUUUGUAAAAAUUAGGCAAGCUUCUCCUUUUUCAAGGAAUUAUUUACAGAGCUAUGAACUAGGUGUUGCCGAAUUGCAAGGUACAUUUAACGUAAGGAUAAUGCUUACAAGUAGAGGUACAGACUGUAACGCUAGGGCCCAAGGUAAAGUAGCAACCUUGCAACUAAAUUGCAAAGAAAAUGUUAGAAUUGGUUAGUCAGGACACUAAGAAGAUAAAGGAAGAGCAAAAAGAAGACAGUGCAUUUUAUGCCUGACUAUAUUAAUAUGGAUUCUGGCAGUUCUGUCAGUGCAAUAUACUUGUAUUAUAUAUAUAUAUGAGUGCUAAGGUAUAUAUGUAAACAUUUGGUAUGACUAUUUAGGCUAAAUUCCAGUGUAUACAUUACUUGGAGAUCAGCUAAUGAUCAUAAAAUAGAAUCUUCCAAAAGAAAACUUUCCUCUAAAAAUGUUGCAUUGCAGAUGAGGCUUUCCCAGCUGCCACUGCGUACGUUUAACUUGCUAUACUUUGGGCCUGAAAGCUUAGAUUUAAAAAUGUAUGGUGCCAAAAAUGCUCCUUCUUUUUACCUAAUGCUGUGCUACGGAUGUUUUUGUAAGUUUGUUUUUCUCAGUCUUAACAGGUUGAACAAAUAACACAGUCUUUGACACUAAUAGCUAUUCAGAAGGAACAUAUAAUAUAAUCCUAUUCCUGUUCAAAUUUGAUUGUAUCCUGUGUCAUCUAUGAAAAAGGAACUUGCAAAGUGGUGUCACAAAAUGUUUAUCUUCUUUUGGAAAAAUUUUUCAUAGAUACCAUAAACUAAGUUAUGGAGGAUCCAAAAAAAAAACACAGCUGAUGAUUGAAUUACAUUAAUGAGACAUUCUUGAAUGUUGUCUCAGAUUCAAAGUUAGCUGCUGGUUGCAGAAAGUCUAAUUCUGCAAGAUCAGAGACACGGCAAAAAAUUUGCAAAGUGCUUAAGUAAUUUUACAGAAUUGAUUUAGAAGUUUAGGAGCCCAAAUCUAAAUGGAAGUUACUUGGACUUAGGCUCCUAAAUCACUAAGGUGCUUUUAAAAUGUUAAGCAAGAUAUCUUUUAUUUACCAAAAAUAAACACUUUUUAAUCCUCUUCAAGAGCAUGCAUGCCUUUUAAAAAAAUAUCCAUUUUGUUUACAUGUUUUUGUAUGGUAUGAUAUAAUUUUAACUUUCUAGGAUUUCUACAACAAACCUGCCAGUGACAAAUGCAAAAUAUGCUGCUUGAAAAAAGUCAGAUGUAAUAGUUUUUUAAAUGGUGUAUGAGAAUGAAAAUGAGUCGAGUGAUCCUGUAUAUUUUUGGAGGAAGGACUUUUCACUGUGUGAAUUCAUGUAGGAAGCUUGACUUACUUUGUUUCUACGUCAGUGAGUACGAAAACUGAAAUCUACUCUCUUUUCCCACUGCCUGCAGGGAGAGAAGUGGGUGGCAAGUUAUGCACAAACACUAAAGAUCUCUGAACUCUGUAUUUUAUGUUUACUAUAUUAGACUUUCUACCGAGUAUCUUUGUUUCUUUGCCAAGCUGUUAGAGCAUCUCCUGUUGCUGGCAAGAAGGCCGCCUUCAAAGCGCUCAAUCCCCUUUGCUAUUGCAGCGAAACUGUGUGUUCUUCACCAUGGUAUUUCCUGUAUUUUCUCUUGGAUAAAGGCCUUUAUUUUUUAACAAGAGCAUUUAAUCACUGUAUGUAAGUAAGGUACUUAGGAUUGUACGCCAUGGGGUCACCUCACAACUUCAGGAUGUGGGAUAGAGUGUAUGAAGAAUUUUGACAACUAUUUUUAAUAUGGAAACUUUUACAUUUUGUUGUCUGUCUGACGGUUUCACAUUUUUUUACUCAUUUUUCUUGAAAAAGAAACAAAACCACAAAGUGUCUGAAACAUCUUUUUUGCCUGUUUGACUUUGUACAGAGUACUGAAAAGUAAGUCUUUAUUACGUAUAAUGACCAUUUGUACUAUUACAUGUUAUACUGUAGACAUUGUACUAUUACAUAAGCCAUGUGAAUUGAAGCUCUGUCAUUAUAAACCACUCUUUUAAGGACUGAAAACUCAGUAGAAAUUUUCAUAGGCGGAGACUUGACAGACUUGCUAAAUUUAGGAUAUGUUGAAAUUUAGUACACAUAUACUUUAAUGUAGGAAUAUGUAUUUGCAGCAUUCGUUAACAGUGAGUUUUAAUUUCAUUCCCAUCUUAAAUAUAAAGUGGCUUGCUCUUUGUUGUGACUUUGCAGUCCUUGUUCUCCAAUACGACUGAGAUGGAGACGGUCCAAAUUCGCCUUUUUCUGGAGAGUGCUCUGCCAUGUACGCUGCUUGAAAAUUUAUUUUUUAUCUUACUGGAGUUAGUGUGUAGAUGUAAACCAGAUGACUUGCAUAUUGCAGGAAUCCUUAGGUGUUCUCAUCACUCUUCAGUGGGAGUAACUUUCGCCUUUUGGAUGAAGAGACGGGCCUAAACGUUUAGCACUCGCAUUGUCCCUCGUGAAUAGCUUUUAUUACAAACAUUGCCUCAUUCUCCACUCAAAGCGUUCUCAUUAAAAUAUCGUAUGUUUUAGUUACCAAAACCUACAGGUGCAGAGCUAGUAAUAAAAACGCCCUUCUCUGCGCAUCUGUGCGACUGCAUGGUGGAAGAGGAUGUAGCUCUCUGUUACAGCUGUGGCAGGUCAGCAUCCUGGAUUAGAAGCAACAGAUGUUCCUACAAGACAUGAAGUUUUGUUUUGUUGAGACUAAGCUAAUUGCACUCCUGUUUUAUCUGUUAAUCUCUUGAAUAGCACGUUGGCUGUAUUAUCUGAAUCUUGCCAAAAUUCUUUGCUUCCGGCUGAUAAUGCUACUACUAGUAGAAAACGUCAGUAAUUGUGAAUGCCUUAGUGAAAUAAGCAUUCACUAAAGAGUAUGACUCUGAAGCAUCUGUCACUCCUGUGUUGUAUCCAUUCAGUGAAUGGGUGUUCUCCCAGUCAGUGGGGCAUCAUUUGAUGCAAAGCGGUAAUGCUAGGGAUGUAUUCACAACUUUGAGAUUUAUUUCCAGUUGGAAGACUGAUCACACUAAGAUUUUUGUGCUUGUGUGUGUGUGUG